AUGUUCAAGUACGCAACUAUCGCAUUUGCCGUAUUUGCUGCAUCUGAUGCAUUCGGUUUUGGUUUGCUUGGAGGAGGGUCAAGCAGUUGUUGCCCUGCUCCCGCACCAGCAGCGUCUUGUUGCCCAGCUCCCGCUCCAGCUUGUUGCCCUGCACCUGCCCCAGUUUGCUGCCCAGCACCUGCUCCAGCACCAGCUCCAUGUUGCCCUCCACCUACAUCAUCUUGCGGAGGAGGUAGCAGCGGUGGAUGCAAUGGAGGCUCAUCCGGUGGAUCCUACCCAGUUGCUCCACCACCACCACCAUCUUACCCAGUUGCUCCACCACCAUCUUACCCAACUGCCCCAUCUGGUGGUUACCCUACUUCAUCUGGAGGCGGCUACGCUACUGGCAAGUAA